UAAUAAUAAAAUGUUUAAUAAUAAUAAUAAUUUGGCUAUUGUUUUUUGUUCACCUUUAAAAUACUAUUUUGGUGUUGUUUCCGGCUUUUCAGAUGAUUAUACACCUACACUGACGCAGAGGUGAAUAGUAUGGUGCAUAAUAUGUAUAAUAUACAAAUAAAUGAUGAGUACACGCGGUCUUAAAUCUUCUCGAACAACGCUGUUUUGAAAAAUAACUCGGAUACCACGUACCUAUCGGCUAUCGAAAUAACAAUAACGAGUAUAUAAAUGACGAUUAACGAGUAUCUGAUGUUAAUAAAAUUAUCAUCCUGUACCUUAUAUCAGCAGACUGUGAUGGCAUAAUAUGAUCGUCAUUCGUCAAUUUGAAUCUUGCAUGGAAGAGGUAAUAAUUUAUGGCGAAACCUAACCACGGUUGAAUAUUCAGUAUAGGUACCUAUAUACUUGCAGCGAGCAUUUUUUCGCGUGCCAAUACGCAUAACUGCAGUAUGACGAUCAUCAACGGAUAAGUGAUAUAAUAAUAAUCGUUGUUUUAGCAAAUUCAGUUUACUUUUCAUUCGUUUAUCGUUAAACCACCGCCCGCGGCGGAUGUGAUUCGUUCGCGCCCCACAAUGUAUAUGAUAUAACAGUAUCACAAGUUUUCCGUGUAGUACCGCAGGCUACUGUUGACCGAGUUUUUUUGCAAACAGAUACCUACAACAAUGAGCAAUGGACGAUAUCGUUACUGUGCUUUGGGAAUCUGUGGCUAAAGUUGUAUGCUGCUAAUAAAGCAAUAUAGCGACUAGAUUUUUAGUGCGUUUCGGAUAAAUCGUCGUAAUGCGCCGUGCAGUUAUUUUGCAUGACGUGUAAUGUCGAUUAAUGUAUGCACGGUCGUGUCUGACGUAUAUAUAUUUAUAAUGAAGUUUCGCUGCACAAGACUGUCAUUUGAUAGUUGUCUGUCUAGAAUUUCCCUAAAUAUCAUGAGGUCGGUCUUUGAUUACGAUUCACGACUAUUCAAACUGUGUAACUUCAUGACAAAUUGUUAUAAACAUAUUACUAUCAUGACAUUGAAAAACAACACACCAGUCACUGAUGGUAUGACGGAGUUCGACUUUUGGUCCCGACAUUGCGCGGCAGGCGGGAUGUCGGCUGCUGUGUCUAAAACUGUCUCGGCUCCCCUGGAUCGCAUCAGAAUGCACAUGCAGAUUACCGAUGUCGGUGGUUUUCGAGCGGCAGUCCGACACGUAUACAACAAACAGGGCGUACGGGGAUUUUGGCGUGGAAACGGGCUGAGCAUGCUUAAGUCGUCACCCGAGUUCGCCAUCAAGUUUAGUAUGUACGACUUUACGAAACGCCAGCUGAAGGCAUCCCGAAACGACGGCCGCUUAAACGCCCGCGACAGGUUCGUAGCCGGCGCGGUGGCCGGUGUGUUCAGCCAGACAUUCCUGUACCCGCUCGAUGCACGUAACUCAGCUUAUUGGGUCUUAUCUACCCAUACUGUGAAAACACGCUUGAUCGUUGGCAAAUACACGAAUUUCAUGGACGUAGUGGUCAAGACUUACAAAAACGGUGGUGCAUGGGCGUUCUUCAAAGGUUUCUGGCCAAGUACGCUAAGUAUUUUCUUGUUCACCGGAAUUGAGCUUAUGACUUAUGAGCAUAUCAAGGAAAAUUAUUCCCAUUACUGUGAGAAGGACGACUACCUGAGGUUGAUUGUCAACUUUUACUCGGCAUUUAUCUCCAGCACUGUGGGUGUCAUGAUAUGUUAUCCAAUAUCUACAGUAAUCACUAGACUCCAAGUCAAUGACGGAUGCUCGAGAGGAACGAUGGUCGUGUCGGAAAAAUGUAGCAGGCGACGGCCGCUUUCGGCCAACGUCCUCUGCAGCGGUCUACAACUUUACAGAGGUAUCUCCGGCAGUAUCGUGAAAAUCUUGCCCACCACGUCCAUUGGUUACGUGAUUUACGAAGAGCUAUGCAAGUCGUUCGGCGUGCGAAUGUCGUGAAGAAUUAAAAUAAUAUAUUUCCGCGUAGGUGGAAUAUAUAUAAGUGGUGGUACUUCACACGCUGCACGUACUCUCGCACUUUUCUGUGAACAUUAUUACGUGUUCGCCGUAUACAUUAUCUUUAAUUGAUACAUUGGUAAGAGCCAAGAGGUGCCUAUAAAUAUUUUAUAAUUCAUUAACCACAAGAUCGUUUUUUAUAGUAUAAAAUCCGCCCAACAGCUAAAAAUUUCGAUUUCCGCACGUGUAACGACAAAAACAAAAAUUAUAAUAAUAAUUUGCAUUCAUACUGAAGAUUUUGAACGGAGCAUUGUAUAACUACACAAUAUAAUUUGUUUUCGUAUCAGGAACAUUUUCGACUGUGAUGUUUACAUAGUAAAUAUAUCAAUAUUAUAUAUUUUGAAGACUGUGCCUGCAGAUAUUCGCAGAUACACUCACUUUGUACUUUAUAAGAUAUUGCGUAUAAUGUAUUUUAACCAAUUUAGUCAAACACUGUGAAUAUGUAUUUAAUGUUUAAUAUAUUAUUGUACAGAUUAUUAAAAUCGUAAGCAUAUAUUAUAUGUAUGAUAUGUUUAAAAAUAAAAUAUAAUAUUCGUUUUUAUAAAUAAAUGCCUACACAAUGAGCGAUCAUAAUUGUAAUUGUUUAUGCUUCUCAAAAUGAUAAAUAAGUAACAAUGCGUUUGUACAAGUGGACCUCAAGCUCGUAUUAUUAUUAGAUUAACGAAUCCACUGUUGAAAGUGAACCAUAAAGUGAUAUUUUGAAACGAUUUCAAGAUAUUAUUUUCUAGUAAUUUAAAAAUGAAUAAAAAAAGACUUGAUAUUUUUACCAAAUAUUUAUAUUACCUCUUUUUGUAAUGUUUAUAGACUUUUAAAAUGUUCAACUUUAUUUUUUUUUUAAAUUUAUACAUGUUAAAAAUUAGUAGAUGCAAUACACUAUGUUGUUUAUAAGUUUUUCUGG